AUGAUGGAGCGAAUGUGUUUCAUCGAUCGAACAAUGCAAAGCUUCCGAAUUCGAUUUGGUACUUGCGAAAGCGCCUGUUUUGAAACCAUCAUGGCCUGGAAUGAGAGCUUCUCAGCUGCUGAUGGAGGAGGAUGGGCUGGUGAUGCAUCUUUUGCAACGGCGCCUCCGAAAGAGGCGCAAUCAGCGAAAAUUGCCGAGAGAUUGCCCAUACCUGUAACAGUGGCUGACCUUCAUGACUCAGCAAAUGUCGAGGAGAAGUAUGAACUAGGAGAUUAUCCAUUUAGUACGGUGCUCACCAUAGGAGUUGUUAAAUCCGUGGCAGAACAGGAAAACACGACUAAUCAUGUUCUGGGAGAUCCCGAGGACAUGGACAAAGAAUUUGAAGUCCUCACAUAUAAUGGGGUCUCCGAUUCAGACAUGGGAGCAACAGUUUUUGUUGAGGGUACUAAAGUGUUGGUUGUUGGAAAACUGAGGUCGCUUUCUGAUCGGCAUGGAAUCAUGUCAUACAACAUCAGUGAGGUCGUUGAUGAGAAGGAAUACAAAGCUUUUACACUUGAAGCCAAAAUUGCGAAGCUAUACUUCCAAAAGAAUGUUCCCUCCCUCUUGCGUUCUGGAAUGGGUCAAAGCUUAGCAGGAUGUGCUGCUGGUCCACCUGCUGACGCCGGAGCUGCACCAGGAGCAAAAGAGAUGCCCGGAUUUUCCACUCAGUCACGCCUCUACGAUCAAGGUCCGUCUAUAAGCCGUGGACACAAUCUCGAUGGUCAGCGCGGAAAGAUUAUGGAUCUCCUUCAAAGGGAAAAGGACAAUUAUGAUUCCAUUGGCAUGUCAGAGAGCGAUAUUAAAAAGGCCAUAGCAGCUUCGAGUAUGGAUUCACUACGCAAAGAUCUCCAAUUUUUGGUUAAUGAAGGACACAUCUAUAACACAACAGAUGACGAACAUUACGCUCUUAUCGAUUAACUUUAAUACCUGAUCCUCACAAUUAUUACUUGUAUCAUACGUUUUCUUUGUAUUUUGUAAUGAAGGUUGCUUUGACU